AUGGUGAAGGAGCGAAUCUUGCUAGAACAGCUGAAGUUGCCGACCGACAGGAAGGAGGAGGCAAAGGCCAAAGAGGAGCCUCACCCUUGGACGCGCCAGAGGGGCAAGCCCCUUGUUGUGAAUCUCAAAACUCCUGUGAGCAAAGCGGAGGAAGAGUCGGCAGACGCGCCAGACAACGCAACCAACUCGCAGGAUGCAAAUGUGAAACUCGAUAUCAGCAAGCCAACAUCCAACGGAUGGCGAUCACCUGCUGUGGCGGCUCCAGAAGCUGCUUCAGCUCCCGUCGCAGCGCUUCCUGCCCUCGGGAAUCAUGCAGCCACAGCUGCCCAGGGCAGCCAGGCCCCUGCAGUGCUGGCAGUGCUUCCAGCAGCCCGUGCAACCACCCCGGCUAGUGCUCCCGUUGCAGCACUGGCGGCCCCGGACUAUGCCUCAACACUCGCUGCUGCUGCCCAGGCCAGCACUGCUCCUGCGUUUCAGGCCGCACCGCCUGAUUAUGCCUCAGCACUGGCUGCAGCUACUCAGGCUAGCGCUGCCCCAGUUGCAGCGUUUACUGCCACUGCCCCUGAUUAUGCCUCACAAGCUGGCACUGUGCCAGUUGCAGGGCUUUCUGCCUUUGACUAUGCCUCUGCACUUUCAGCCACUGCCCAGGCUAGCACUUCCCACUUGUCAGCUCCUGCCACUGCGCGUGGCAGAGCCUCAGCAAAUGCUUCCGUUGCUCACGCGGCGAAGCAGCUCGCUGCUGCCCACGCUGCAGCACAGGCCGCGCACGCUGUGGCUGCUGCGAGCCUGGCAUCUCCUGCCUCAGCUCUUGAAGCAAAUGCUUUGUUGGGACAGAUCUCACAGUCCAUGCAGAUGCAGUCGCAGAUCUCGGCUAUGUACCAGUUGCUGCAGCAACAGGCAGCCGUCGGCGAGGUGAGUCCUCACCAGGCGGCUGCGCCAGUUGCCACGUUUCCAGCUGCGCUGCCCGCAGCACCGGCAAAGGCACCAGUGCAACUGGCGGCAUCGGCACCACCAGGGCCAGCGGCAGAACCAGCGGCAGCACCAGUGUCCGGCCCGCAAGUGGUACCUGCCAAGCAUUUUAGCAGCAUACGGCCUCCCCCAGCGCCCUCGAGCCAGCAGCCUGUGCAACAAGCGCCCUUUUCGAAGGCUUCCAGCGUGAUUUCGCAGAUCCCCUCCAAGGCAAAGGCCAAUUACAUGGCUUUCGCGCCCUCCAAGAGCAGCCCCUGUGUGCCAAAGGCGUACUGGUAG